AUGGCAUCUCCACAGAAAAUCCGCACCCCAGCUACGGAUCUGCUUGGCAUAAAGCACCCCGUACUGCUGGCCGGCAUGUUCAACGUGGCCUCGCCGCGCCUCGCCGCCGCGGUGUCCAACGCCGGCGGGCUGGGUGUCAUCGGCGGCGUGGCGUACACCCCCGAGAAGCUCCGCGAGGCGUUGGAUGAGCUCAAGGGCUAUCUCGUGGACAAGUCCGCGCCGUUCGGGGUGGACCUUCUCAUUCCGCAGGUUGGCGGCAACGCCCGAAAGACCAAUUACGACUACUCCCACGGCAAGCUCGACGAGUUAAUCGAAAUCAUCAUCUCAAGCGGCGCGAAACUCUUCGUCUGCGCGAAAGCCAUCGACGCCGGCGCGGAUCUCCUCUGCGCCCAGGGCGGCGAGGGCGGCGGCCACACGGGCGAGAUCCCCACAGUCGUGCUCAUCCCGGCCGUGUCGCAGAUCGUCCGCGGGCAGAAGAGCGCUUUCACAGGCCAUGAGGUGCUCCUUGUCGCGGCGGGCGGCAUGUUCAACGGGCAGACACUGGCAGCGGCGCUGAUGCUGGGCGCCAGCGCGGUGUGGGUGGGCACGCGGUUCAUCCUGGCCGAGGAGUCGGGGGCGUCGGAGAUGCACAAGAAGGGGCUGGAGGAGGCGGGCUUUGACGAUAUUAUCCGCACGACGGUGUUCUCGGGCCGGCCGUUGAAUACGCGCACGACGCCGUAUCUGCGGCGGUGGGAGGGCGAGCGCAAGGAUGAGAUGCUCGCGUUGCAGGCUAGGGGUGUUAUUCCCAUUGCACAUGAUAUGGACACUAAGCCGGAGGAUGAUGAGGUCUUGGAUAAUGCGCACCCGGUGCUGAUGGGCCGGGUCGCUGGGUUGGUGAAUGAGCGGCUCACGGCGAAGCAGAUUGUUGAUGGGAUGGUCGAGGAGGCUAAUGCGUUGUUGAUCCGCGAGGCUGUCUCACUGGAUGGCAUCACCUGA